CCCAAUCCCCGAGCAGCAUCGAGGGUCUAGCCCUUCGCCCGCAAAUUCCCCAUAGCCAUCAUCAGUUCUCUAAACAUUUUUAGGAGCACUCUGAUGACAUCUUAGUUCUUUGCCAACUUGUCCUGCCGUCCGGUCCGUCCUUCAGAAUGUCGGAGUAUUGGAAGUCUACGCCCAAGUACUGGUGCAAACACUGCAGCACCUACGUAAAAGACACUCCUUUCGAGCGCAGACAACAUGAGAACACAGGCAAGCACCAGGGUAAUCUCAAGCGAUUCCUACGCGAUAUACAGAAUAACCAUGAACGGAGCGAUCGCGAAAAGGACCGAGCCAAGGCAGAGGUGAAAAGACUGAGUAAAGUCGCUGGUGGCAAUGUUCCUCCCACGGCAGCCUCCAGAACAGAGCCUUCCACCGGGCGGAAACCGGCGUCCGGACCUCCUUCAGCCGCCGAUCUGAAGAAACAAUGGGCGCAGUUGGCUGAAAUGGGCAUCAAGGUCCCCGAGCAGGCUCGGUCGGAGAUGGCGAUGCCAGGAGAAUGGCAGGUGGUAUCAAAACAGACCAACAACGAAGCUCCGGCAGCAGAGUCACUCAGCAUCGGGAUGAGGAAGCGCAAAGCCGAAGAUGAGGAGGAAGAGGAAGAAGCAGAACAGACCGUUACCAGGCACUGGGGCUCUACUACUAGGCGGUAUCCUGGAGACGACAAGUCUGACCUGGACGACUUAUUAUCCGCCACGGUUUCUCUGAAAAAAGAGAAGAACCUCCCGUCGUCUUCUCAAAUAAAGCCCGGAAUGAGUGAACCACUGAAGAAAGAAGACAAUGCAAGCCCCAUUGAAGACAACUGUAGGGACGCGCAAUCGCAAUCCUCCAAAGUGGAAAAUCCCCCAGAUGAAGAGGCAAAAGAAGGCAGGACGCUUGUUAAAGGAGAGUUGGAUGCCGCUUCAAUGUCAACACCUCUGAAUAAGGUGCCAGAAGAAGUACCAGUACCGGUUUUCAAGAAGCGCAAGGCCAAGGCAUCCUGAAACCACCGACCCUCGAUGGAAAGGCAAAGAUCAGUAUCUCAGUCGCAGCAAGCGAACCGGGUAACAACGAUAACCGAGAUCAUCGUCCAGCAACAAUUCCAAUUGUCGGACAGAUCAUUAUUUUAUUCUCAUCUAGAGGAUGAUGCACGAACGUGACCACUUAGUGGUCGAGCAGGCGUCGAGCGGCACUCCUAACAGUGGUGUCGUACAACAUAGCGGUCCACGUGCAACUCCUGUAACUCGUUCGGACGCACGAAUAUGACACCCGUGACAGGUUCAUCCUCGUUUCGAGGAUACAUACGGAAGCUCUCGCCUCACUACGGCCAGAGUCUCUCAAACGACAGGUACAAGGGGCUCGACAUGUUAAGGGGAGCAGCACGGUUGAUUUCGCGGGUGCAGGCACCAACUCAUCCGCUGUAGCCUGCUAUUCCCUGUCAGGACAGAGCACAAGAGGUAAGCUGCAGUGCUACAGCCCCGACAACCUCUAGGCCGGCAUGACUGCCAGUGGACAGAGAAGCCCGUCUUUUUUGCGAGUCAGGAAAGCCGCGCGAAUGCAGUGAUAAUCCAGGCUCACAUUGCAGGGUCCUAUACGGAGCAUUCCUAGCAAGUGCUUCUACGUCUACUAAGAAGUGAUAUGUGGGCGACCAUGCCCAUGAUGACCAAUAGGAGAGGCUGGCGAGCAGUCGAGGCGAUUCAUUCGAGGCUCUGGAUCCUGUCGGUUAAUCCAUGAUAAGCAGCCCAGUAGUAGUGCACGGUAGUCAUGCACAUCGUUGCUCAUGCACGCCCAGCCGUUAGGCGUGACAAGCGGUGCAAGUCGCCCAGGUUGAGAGUCUCGGUCGGCUCUGCAUGACCUUUCCCUGGGUGGGCAUGGGGUUGGUGUCAUUCGGAGAAUUGCCCAACGCCAAUCCACUCUCCAGCGUCGGAGCAUUCCAUGAGGAGCCAAAUCACAACCGGUAUCAUAAUCUGGCUAGCUUGAACUGGCCUGCCUGAUACCGGGAGAUUUGUUCUUAGAAGCAGGAAGUCUCGACUUGAAUAGGUGUUGAUCAAAAGAGCCGUGCAAGCCCAGCCUAGAAUCCGCUGGCGAUAUCCCAUCACUAGCUCAGCGUCUCAGGGUAUGAUUUCUUGCGUCGCUCGUAUUGUUGGCGAACGAACUCAUGUGACACAAACGAGGGAGAUCAAAGAAGGAUAGUGACAAAUGGUACGGUGUACCUAGUCAUGAUCCUUGAACCACCCCCAUGUCUUUGUGGCUGGGCGAUCAUGACGGCAGAGGAUACCUGGAGCUGCUGCACAGCGAGGAGGCCAGCGAAGGCAGGAAGCGGGAGCCAGGCCGCUGAUGUCUCGCUAGGCCAGUAUCCUCCGUAACAAAAGACCGUACGUCAGGGAUUAAUCAUGGCCAUGCGGACUCGGCUUAUUUACUGUACUUGCCCCUAGACAAAGACCUCCUAUACUAGUAGGACUGGGGUUCAGCACCUGCACACACAACAAAGGAGGACCCGAACAACUCUGGCCUCCGGCUCCUUCUUCCUGUUGAGUAUUUGUUUCAGUGAGGAGCGUAGCGAGGGGCGUGGUGAUCAAACACCGCUCCAAGACUGUACAAUCACGCGCCAAUCUCUUUGGCAUCUUCCCCGAGGUCUCUCCAAUUUUCAGGCUAGUGAGAGUCGACGGGCUCGGCAGGCAUCUGGUGGCGCG